UUCCAUGUCAGUGAGAAGAGCAUUAAGAAAUCUAGUCGAGCUGAUGCCCAGCCGUAAAUCCACAGUAAUACAAACCUCUAUCAAGAACGUGUUUUGCUUUUAUUUCCGAGGGUUUGUCUCGCUGCUAUCAAGUCACCACUUAUUGAUCAUUGUUGUAAAAGUCAUCAGCGAAGAUUCAAUCUUCAUACUUCCUCAAAAGUCAUGAAUAAAGAUGCAAAAUGGAGCGCUGGGCGGUUGAUGCUUCGCCUUACUUUACUCACUCUGGUCAUCGUAGUUAACUCAUCUCAGCAGUCAACAACCCAAUCACCAGAGGUUUCUCUAGAAGCCUCGACUGGGGGUUGGAGGUCUAGCUCAGACAACAACGAAGGUACAGGUGACAUUUCCUCCCAACCGUCACCACCGAUUAAUCCGACAACUCCGAGUACAUCAAGUUACGAUCGCACUGACUCGUUGCAAAAUUUGAUCAUACAAGAAUUUACUGGCGAGUUUACCACCGAUGACACGACAACUUCCCAACCUGCUACAGACUUGGUCGCCAGUGUGGAUACAACUAUCUGGGUGUGGCAAUUUUCAUGGACAUGGGUAACCAUCCUUCAGUUAAUCAUUUCCUUGACCGGUAUUCUUGGAAACCUCCUGGUUGUCGUUGUAAUGGCUGGUAGAAAAUCCACAACUAACUCGACAGACAUUUUCAUCGCAGCACUCGCCAUCUCUGACUUGCUGACAUCAGUCUUCAACAUACCCAUUCCAAGGGCACGGCAGGUACCUGACAGCCUUCCUGGUGUGUUGUAUUGCAGGCUCAUCUUUACUCGUAGCUUGUCAUGGAUAUGUGUUAUCUCCUCGAGCUACAUCUUGAUUGGUGCUUCUUUUGAGCGCUUGACUGCGGUUGCCUACCCUUUGCGCAUCAAGGAAAUAUUCACAAACCGCAGGGUUUGCACUUUCAUCAUAGUAGCGUGGGUGUUCUCUUGUCUUUCGUGCUCCUAUUAUCUCAUUUCCAUGAUCGCGGAAACUGAUCUCCUAUCCCGAAUCUACUGUGUGCCUUCAAAUUCCCAUUCUUCUUUACUACAGUUGUUCAACAUGUUCAAUUUUACCAUCCGGUUGCUCAUUCCGGUCGUUCUGAUGUUGGGUUCCCAGACAGCUAUGGCUAUCCUGCUUCAUCUACGGUCGAGUAAAAUGCAACGUGUCAUAGCUCAAGGUUCCAACCAGUCCUAUCAUAUCCUCGCUAGGAAUCGUGUCAUCAAGAUCAUGUUGGUCGUCAUCAUUAUCUACAUCCUUUGCUGGGCUCCAAGCCAGAUUGCAUUUGUAGUCGUAUCUUUUAAAGGAGCAGUUAGGGCCAAAGCCUACGUUGCUGGAACAUUCCGACAGAUUCUCAACCUGUUCGCCUUCAUUAAUUCGUCCAUCAACCCAUUGAUAUACGCAGCCCAAUAUCCCAAGUUUCGUUCUGCCGUGAAGGAUGUGUUUUCAGGUACGGUAAAAAAGAACGUACCGUUGUUCGGCAUCGAAAACUCGUCACGUUCUCCGAAUUUGAAGAUGGAUGUUGACGAGGCUGGUGAAAAGGCUUAAGUUCUUUUAGAUUUACAAUUCCUUUGAUCGAUUUCCUUUUCACAUCUACAUAAUUAUCACAUAACUUGACAAUGUCAGACAUGCAGACAUAAUUGAUUAGAACUUACAAGAAUAACUUUGCUUUAUUUCAAUGCAUUAAAGUAGGCUAUAGAGGAGAGGCAGUUUCAUGAGGUAAACUGAGAAAAAAAAUAAUAAAUGGAAUAAAAAUGAAUAAAUAUUUACAAAAUAUGUAUGUAAUUAUUCUACUCUACUCCUUUUUAUGAAUUUCAACAUAAUUUAUUACUUUUACAUGUCAUCUUGUUAUGGCCAUUAAUAUUGUAUAUAUUUUGUAUUUUACCUUGUACAGAACUUCGCAAUUCAGCCUUCGGCUGCGAUGAAGUUUUCUUAAUAAACCAUUUUAACAAUGAGAAAGUUAAAAAUUAUGAGUGAUUGAAAUAAUUGAUAACAGAGAGAAGGGAGGUAGGGAGACAUCAGAACACUGAUAACCGGAGUGUGAUCUUGGGUUAUAGGCUUGUAUUGGAGAUAGUUCCAUAGGAAGUUACACCGUUCUUAAUACUGAUCACUAUUCAGACAGGGUAUCCUGAUACGGAGGGUGGGGGGGGGGGGGCAAGGCGACAUGAAUACAAUGUCAUUAUUUUAUACAGUUGUACACGACACAUGCCCCCGCACAUGCCUUCUUUUUACAAUUUCAUUUCGUCUCCCUUUCCUUUUCUUUCUCUUCUCUACUUUACUUUACUGCCAACAAAAUCGUAGAAGACAGGAAUAGAUACCCUACGCAUACCCCUGUUUUAUGACUAGGACUCUGAACUGUCUGAUUUCCUAUUUUAUAUGUAAUCUAGCAUAAUAAGAUUUUUCGUGUAAUGUUAUUCUAUACCUGAAUGUCGAAUGGCCAUGACCACUGCGAAGAUGCCAUCCAGUGAAUCAUUAAAAUGACUUAACAUUUUUUGAUAUGAUAACAAUAAUGAUAAUUAUUUACCCAGGAAGGCCACUUCAGCUCUGAAAACUGUUCUCCCAGCGGGCCCUGCUCAAAUAUGCUGUAUGAAACAAAGUUUUCAAAAAAGACGCGAACGAGAGAAGCGAGCAAACGGAAAUGUUGACAUUUUUAUAUACAAAUCUUAUUUUGUGAUAUCAUUUACAUGAUCAUGGACCUGGCCACGGAGGAUUAUUUAUUGUUACUGGGGGUGCUGUGACAAUGCUCAGCACCCCCAGUAACAAUAU